CAAAAUCCAGUCCCUUGUCUCGCGUAGACUUAUCAACAGCGUCUGGAAUAUCGAGCUCCGGACUUUUCUUUCAGCGUUUGGUGUUCCGUGUGUCCGUGGUUAGAGGUUUUGCGUGGCUACGGCUAGGUACAUAUAUUUUUGUAGGAUCGGGACUAGGACCAAAGAGCAUGGCCAAUCGCUCCAGCCAGCGGGACCGAGAGUUCAGCCGCGACCACUCUAGCAAUUACAAUCGCGACAAUCGAGACUAUAAUCGGGACAAUCGUGAUAAUCGUGAUAAUCGGGACAAUCGUGAUAAUCGGGACAAUCGCGACAAUCGUGACAAUCGGGACAAUCGCGACAAUCGGGAGAAUCGCGGCAAUUUCCGCGACUAUCGCAAUCGUGACAGGGAUCGCGAUAGGCAGCGUCAGGUGCCCACGGAACCACCGUUCAUCGCCUAUGUGGGCAACCUGCCCAAGGGUCUCGUCCAGGGCGAUGUGAUGAAGAUCUUCUCGGACUUUGAGGUGAAGAACGUGCGCCUGAUCAAGGACCGUGAGACCGAUGAGUUCAAGGGCUACGGCUACGUGGAGUUCGAGACCCUGGCCCAGCUGAAGAGGGCUCUCUCCUGCAACGGCCGCAUCAAGCUGGACAACUUCUCGGCCCCCCUGCGCAUCGAUAUAGCCGACCAUCGCCGGCAGACCCCGGGUUCCAGCGGAGCUGGCGGCGCUCCUCCAGGUGGUGGCUCCCAAAGUCUGGGCGGUCAUGAGAGAGGUGGAGGCGGCGGCAGAGGAGGCGGCGCCGGUGGCGGAAACGGUAGCAAUCCCUAUUACCAAAGGCGCAACUAUCGGCGGGACGACAGUGUGGGAUCGCAUCAGUGUCGCCGGCGGGAGGCGCGCAGCAGCAGCAACCACCACAUGUCCAACAGCAGCCCCACCCAAAGCACCACGUCCAUCAACUACAACCGCACCACUCGCGGUGGUUUCAACAGCCGUGGUGGUGCAGGUGAUCGCGGUGGCGGAAUGGGCAAUGGCAAUCGCUACCAAGGAGGAGCUCCACGUCACUACGAUGACCGCGAGGAUCAUCACUCGUCGAGCAGUGGAGGAUUUCAGCGCAAUCGCAACUACAACUUCAAUCGCUCCUUGAACAGCGCGGGCGGAGGAGGCGCUGGAGUGGCUAGGGGCGGGAAUCCGCAGCGGAACUUCAAUGGAAAUGGAGGCGGCGGAUUCGGGAGCGUAAAUGGAAACGGCAACUAUACGAAUUUUGUGCAGAAUCGCAACCGCGAUCGCCGAGGACACUACAAUCCCAACAACGCUGGCAGUUCUGGCAGCUACAAUGGCAACUUUGGCGGGGACAACAGUAAUCCCGUGCACGGAGUAUCCGAAUCGGGAUCAUCCGGAACCGGUCCCACUUCGAGCAAUCAGUUCGGAGUACUCGACGACGAUGAUCGACCCAAGCUGGUGCUGAAGCCAAGGACGGUGACUGCACCCAUAAACUCGCUGGCCGAGACCAAGCAGGCUGCUCUGAUCUUCGGAAAGGCCAAGCCCCGCGACGACAGCUCCACGCCCGUAUCCUCGCCACGUCAGGACUUGGAGGCCAUAACCGAUGCCUUGAGUGCGUCCACUCCUUUCGCAGGAUCGACAGGAGGGCCAAGUGAUCAUGGGCCAGUUGUGGGCGACAACUGAAUCGGAUGCCGCGAUUUCGAUCACUUGGGUUCAGCAUGGCGAGAUCUUUCAAUAAACUUUUCACAGGCCUCUUAUAUUAUAUUAUUAGAUUUGUAUCCUCUGAUGUUCGUACACUUCGUCCUCGGGAAUCAAGACGGCAAUCGCCUUUCCACUGUAAACGUAUUCCAAAUUCACAUUGUGUAAUUCAUUGGCCUUUUUCUUACGCUUUUGUUAAAUUCAGUGAUUAGGCGAGGAAAUAAAUAAAUCAUUGACCAAACAUA